UGGCCAAGCUGUCAUUCCUAAUUGGUUGCUGCACUAAGUGGGCGGAGUCUACGCAUAGCUCUUCACGGAUGUUUCCGGCAUGAACGUUGUUUGACAGAUCAGGACGGAUCCUCGCUUUCAGUAGCUAUUGUUGAUGGCCCAGCUGUGCGUUGAGGUAGAAUGGGACAGAUCACAUCGGGCCCAGAUGCCGCAGAGCCUCCAGAGCAGGAGGGAAAUGGAAACAUCAAGUCUUUAGUGGAUGAGCAGCUACAGACAAGCAUGGUGAUGGGAAUCGUGAUCGGUGCUGGGGUCGCCAUCGUUCUCAUUGCUGUCCUCAUAUUUUUUGUCCUGCGCAGGAUGCAGCUCCGAAAACUUGAGGCUCAGGAAGCCCCGAAAUAUCGUUUUCGUAAAAGAGACAAAGUAUUGUUUUACGGGAGGAAGAUUAUGAGGAAGGUCUCUCAGUCUACCUCCUCUCUGGUGGACUCCACCUCCUUCUCCAGGCCCCGCCUCAAAAAGAAACAAAAGAUGUUGAACAUUGCCAAAAAGAUCCUGCGCUUUAAGAAGGAAGUGCCCACGCUGCAGAUGAAGGAGCCUCCUCCCUCAGUGCUGGAAGCAGAUCUCACAGAGUUCGACGUGGCCAAUUCUCACCUGCCAUCUGAAGUGCUCUACAUGCUCAAGAACGUCCGUGUGUUGGGUCACUUUGAGAAGCCGUUGUUUCUGGAGCUGUGUAAGCACAUGGUGUUUCUACAGUUCCAGCAGGGUGAAUAUGUCUUUAGACCCGGUCAGCCUGACAGCAGUAUAUAUGUGGUACAGGACGGCAAGCUGGAGUUAUGUCUUAGUGGACAGGAUGGGAAGGACGGAGUGGUGAAAGAGGUUUACCCUGGGGACAGUGUCCACAGUCUGCUGAGCAUCCUUGAUGUCAUCACAGGUCACCAGCGACCAUAUAAGACCGUGUCAGCGAGAGCAGCAGAAGUGUCCACUGUCCUAAGACUGCCUGUGGAGGCCUUCCUGUCCAUCUUUGAGAAAUACCCAGAGAGCCAAGUGCGAGUGGUGCAGAUCAUCAUGGUGCGUCUUCAGAGAGUGACUGUUCUGGCCCUGCACAACUACCUGGGGCUCACCAAUGAACUCUUCAGCCAUGACAUGCAGCCUCGUCCCUCUCCUCUCUCUCCUCAUCCGACACGCUCCAGCCCUGUACGACACAGCAAACGGUUCGGCAGCCUCACUGUCCCUGACAAACACCGCGAGGCCGCCCUCCAAAAUGCAACAGUUGCAGAUUAUGGGAAGGAUGGCGGCUCAAUCCCGACUCUCAGCAGGACCAUAUCCAUGCCUAUAGACAUUGCAGGCAUGCAGAAGAGUCUACGUUCAGAUUUUGACAUGGCUUAUGAGAGGGGCCGUAUCUCUGUAUCUGCCGAGGACGGUGCACCUACCCCACCUGCUUUCACUCGAGAUCAGCGGGAGAGGAAGGUGACUGUGGAUGAGGUUCCGUCAGGUGUGUAUCUGUAUCCCGAGGAAGAGUCAGGGAUGGAGAAUCUUUAUGGCCCGUUUCCAGGACGACCUAAUGCCACAUUGUUCGAGGAGGCCCAGAAAGAAAUUCUCAAGCUCAUGAGGAUUGAGGACCCUGCGCUGCUGAAUGGAAGAGUGAUGCUUCAUCAUGCUAAAGCUGGAUCUGUGUUAGCCCGACAGGGAGACCAGGAUGUGAGUCUGCAUUUUGUCCUCUCGGGUUGUCUUCACGUCUAUCAGAAGAUGAUUGACAAGCAGGAAGCAGUGUGUCUGUUUGUGACCCAGCCGGGCGAGAUGGUGGGUCAGCUGGCUGUUCUGACAGGAGAGCCGCUCAUCUUCACUAUCAAAGCAGAGAGAGACUGCACCUUCCUGAAGAUCUCCAAAUCCGAUUUCUAUGAGAUCAUGCGUGAGCAGCCGAGUGUAGUUCUCAGCGCAGCUCACACUGUUGCUAUUCGCAUGUCACCGUUUGUACGGCAGAUGGAUUUCGCCAUCGACUGGAUGGCUGUGGAGGCAGGACGCGCCCUAUACCGGCAGGACGAUCAGUCUGAUUGUACCUACAUUGUGCUGAAUGGUCGAUUGCGCUCCGUCAUUCGGAAAGCCAAUGGGAAGAAGGAGCUGGUCGGGGAGUAUGGACGAGGAGAUCUCAUUGGAGUGGUGGAGGCUUUGACACAUCAGCCUCGUGCUACCACAGUUCAUGCAGUCAGAGACACUGAGCUAGUGAAGCUUCCAGAAGGAACGCUCAACAAUAUAAAGAGAAGAUACCCGCAGGUGGUGACCCGCUUGAUCCAUUUGCUGGGGCAGAAGAUUUUGGGGAACCUUCAACAGCCCCGUGGACCUUUCUCAAGUUCUGCUCUGGGUCUGUCCAGCAUGGCUUCCAGUCCAGACGUCACUAACCCAGCCAGUAAUCUCUCCACUGUGGCAGUACUUCCUGUUUGCGAUGAUGUGCCCAUCAAUGCCUUCAAUCUGGAGCUUAGCCAUGCACUCAGUGCUAUUGGACCGACCCUCCUGCUCACCAGUGACAUCAUCAAAGAGCGACUCGGAGCUUCUGCUUUGGAUAGUAUUCAUGAGUACAGAUUGUCAGGUUGGUUGGCUCAGCAGGAGGACAUUAAUCGUAUAGUGCUGUAUCAGACAGACAGCAGCAUGACUCCGUGGACGCAGCGCUGUAUCAGACAAGCUGACUGCAUCCUCAUUGUGGGGCUUGGGGACCAGGAACCUGCACUCGGAGAGUUGGAGCAGAUGUUAGAGAACACAGCAGUACGGGCCCUGAAGCAGUUAGUUCUGCUGCAUCGUGAGGAUGGACCGGGCCCCUCUAGAACAGUUGAAUGGCUGAACAUGCGAAGCUGGUGCUCCGGACACCUUCACCUGAGAUGCCCCCGUAGAGUGUUCUCACGAAGAGGCUCCAGCAAACUAAGAGAGGUGUAUGAAAAGGUCUUUGAGAAGACUGCAGACAGACACAGUGAUUUUUCACGGCUGGCCAGAGUGCUCACAGGAAACAGCAUCGCCCUUGUGCUGGGGGGAGGAGGAGCCAGGGGCUGCUCUCAUGUGGGGGUAAUCAAAGCCAUGGAGGAUGCUGGAAUACCCAUUGACAUAGUGGGAGGAACAUCCAUUGGCUCGUUUAUUGGUGCUCUGUAUGCAGAGGAGAGAAGUGCUGUUCGGGUCAAGCAGAGAGCGAGAGAGUGGUCCAAGGCGAUGAAUUCUGUAUUCAAAACAGUUCUGGAUCUGACAUAUCCAAUCACAUCCAUGUUCUCUGGCUCUGCCUUCAACACCAGUAUCUCCAAAGUGUUUGAGGACAAACAAAUUGAGGACUUGUGGCUGCCUUACUUCAACGUGACCACAGACAUCACAGCCUCUUCUAUGCGGGUUCAUAAAGAUGGCUGUGUUUGGCGCUAUGUUAGAGCCAGUGCCUCCUAUACCCCUUAUCUGCCUCCUCUCUGCGACCCCAAGGACGGCCACCUACUCGUGGAUGGUUGCUAUGUUAACAAUGUCCCAGGCUCCCUGUGGCGUUAUGUUAGGGCGAGCAUGACCCUUUCCGGGUACCUGCCACCCCUCUGCGACCCCAAAGAUGGGAACCUGCUCAUGGAUGGAGGAUACAUCAACAACCUGCCAGCGGACAUUGCUCGUAACAUGGGCACAAAAACGGUAAUCGCCAUUGAUGUGGGCAGCCAGGAUGAGACUGAUCUCUGUAACUACGGUGACUGUCUUUCUGGCUGGUGGCUGCUAUGGAAACGAAUCAACCCGUGGGCAGAAAAAGUGAAGGUGCCUGACAUGGCUGAAAUCCAGUCCCGUUUGGCCUACGUCUCCUGUGUACGGCAGCUGGAAUUGGUCAAAAAGAGCGCGUACUGCGAGUACAUUCGCCCACCCAUAGACCGUUUUAAGACCAUGGACUUUGGAAAAUUCGAUGAAAUCUAUGAUGUGGGUUACCAACAUGGUAAAGUGUUGUUUACUGAGUGGGCUCGUGGUGACAUCAUUGAAAAAAUGCUAAAAGACCAUCGAUCAGCAGACUAUAAUGAUGGCAAGAAAACAGAUUCAUGCACGUGUCCUAGCGCAGAUUUCACUGAUCUAGCUGAGAUUGUGUCCAGGAUUGAGCCAGUGCAGAGCUACAUCGGAGCCGAUGCAGAGGAGUCCGACUAUGCGACUGAGUACGAGGAGGAUGGGAUGGACCCAGUGAGAGAGGAAGAUGGUGAAGAAGAUGAGCAGGACGAGGCUGACGACCCUGAGGACAGUUCUCCUGGAGAUUGGGGACCGGGGGAGAACGGGAUUUUUACAGCAGAUGAGGAUAAGUCGGUCCGUCAGAGGAGGAAUCUCGCCCGGGACUCCAACAUCUUCUCUGAGGUUUCAGACUGCUAAAAAAUUAAGUCGUGCAAGGCCCAGAGGUCAAAGGGCACUGGAAAGAGAAGUAGAUCCCUACCAGGGGCGGAAGAGUAUAAAGAUCAACACAGAAGAGAGGACUUCUGAAUUACAAAAGUUUGUUGGGAAGUCACCAAAGAUACUAUGAUUAUAGAUCCAUUUACUCUACAUUAUCUACAACUUGUCACCAAAACUGUCUCCCUCUAUUGUUUUUUUUUGGCUCAAGAAUUUACAAGGGCCCAGGGACUGUGGGGGCCCACCAAGUUAGUUAUGAACCCACAUUAACAGGGAACUGAGAUACUGUGCCACUGAAAGGAAGGGUUCUACCUCUUUUUGGUAUCUUGCAUCAUAAAUGUCAAAAGGUAGUUUCACGAGAAUGAUGUUUAUGGCCUUUGUUCUUAAACCUAGUUUUCCUGGUGUUUUUCAUACAACACCUGUUUUAUUGGAAAUGUGAAGUGUGAUUGGUUUUUUGAUUUUAAUUUAAUUCUUCUAAUGUGUGUGUAUGUGUGUCUACAGCCAUCAGAACAUUCACUGAUGACUUUUCUUUCAGAAAAUGCCCUUAAGAAUGAAAAUGGUAAAGAACCAGGAUAUGGGUGAGAAUAGGCUGAUGCUGCUUUCUAAUGAGUCAAUUUACAACCUUUUUUAAUACAUUAGUUGACAGACAACACAUCAAUUGUGACUGAUUUGUUAGUAUUUAAUUUUGAAUUGAAAUGUUUGUAUUAGUUAUGCAGAUAUAGAUAGAAUGAAGAAAUGUGGGCUAUGUUAAUAGAGAAAUGAAGCAAAGUACAAAAUGAUCGUUAGUAAUGUCUAACAAACAGAUUGCUGAAAUGGAGAGUGUGUAGUAAGUGAGGUAGAGAGAGAGAGGAAGUGAAUGAGACAAAAAGAGGAAAUAAAUGAGGUUGAGGUUGAGAAAGUGAACAAAACAAGGUAGGAUGCGAGGAUGUGAACAAGGUAGAGAGCAAGAAAUGGAGGUAGAGAGUGAGGAAGAUCGAGAGCAAGGAUUUGAACAAGGUAGAGAGCGAGAUAGUGAACAAGGUAGGGUCAGAGGAAGUGAGCGGGAUAGAGAGAGAGAAAGUGAGUGAGCGAGGGGUAAUGAGUGAGGUAGAGAUCAAGGAAAUGAAUGAAAGCAUGAGUGAGUAAGUGAAAGAGGUAGCGAGUGAGGAAGUGAGGUAGAGGGUGAGGUACAGAGUGAGGAAGUGAGUUAGAGAGCGAGGAAGUGAGUGAGGUAGAGGAUGUGGAAGUGAGUUUGAGUGUGAGGUAGAGAGCGAGGAAGUGAGUGAGGUAGAGGAUGUGGAAGUGAGUUUGAGUGUGAGUUAGAGAGCGAGGAAGUGAGUGAGGUAGAGGAUGUGGAAGUGAGUUUGAGUGUGAGUUAGAGAGCGAGGAAGUGAGUGAGGUAGAGGAUGUGGAAGUGAGUUUGAGUGUGAGUUAGAGAGCGAGGAAGUGAGUGAGGUAGAGGAUGUGGAAGUGAGUUUGAGUGUGAGGUAGAGAGCGAGGAAUUGAGUAAGGUAGAGGAUGUGGAAGUGAGUUUGAGUGUGAGUUAGAGAGCGAGGAAGUGAGUGAGGUAGAGGAUGUGGAAGUGAGUUUGAGUGUGAGUUAGAGAGCGAGGAAGUGAGUGAGGUAGAGGAUGUGGAAGUGAGUUUGAGUGUGAGUUAGAGAGCGAGGAAGUGAGUGAGGUAGAGGAUGUGGAAGUGAGUUUGAGUGUGAGGUAGAGAGCGAGGAAGUGAGUGAGGUAGAGGAUGUGGAAGUGAGUUUGAGUGUGAGGUAGAGAGCGAGGAAGUGAGUGAGGUAGAGGAUGUGGAAGUGAGUUUGAGUGUGAGGUAGAGAGCGAGGAAGUGAGUGAGGUAGAGGAUGUGGAAGUGAGUUUGAGUGUGAGGUAGAGAGCGAGGAAGUGAGUUAGAGAGCGAGGAAUUGAGUGAGGUAGAGUGUGUGGAAGUGAGUUUGAGAGUGAGUGAGGGAGUGAGGUGAGGAAGUGAGUGAGGUAGAGGGUGAGAAUGUAAACAAAUUAGAUAGGGAGCAAGAUUAUUCAUGAAGAGUUGCAUUAAUGCCAAAAAUCCUGUAUGGAGAUGUGUGUGCGCGUGCGUGUGCGCGCGCGUGUGUGCGUGUGUGUGUGUGUUUAGCCUUGGAAUACAUAGCUACUUUUGUUUCAAGUAGACAAGGUGGAUGACUUAUUUUGUAAAAUAAGUAAAACGGGAACAAAAAAUAAUUGUAAUAUCACAUUGGACGUGAAAAUGUUGACCGAGCCUAGCUUUAGGCCACAGCAGGUUUUUCACUGGACAGUUGGAAUUGUUAUAUGCCAGGGAUACAGACUAGUGUUCAGUAAUGGAUCAGAUUUGUUCUUCCAUAGACUUUCACUCAAGCCAAAUGUCACCUUUCCCCAACAUUCAGCAACCAACUCUUUAAUCACUGCAUGUACAUAUGCCUGAAACCUCAUUGUAUUUGGAAAAGAUGUACAAAUCCCUACAUCCUUCACACUUUUGCUUUUUAUUUCUUUUAUUUUUGCUGUGACCAACAUUUUGUGUUUGAACACAGAAAAGAUUUCCCACUAUUUAAAUUAAUUUAAUUUAUUUGUUUUAACACUGUCCUUUUUUUGUAUUUACGUAAAAAAAACUGUCUAGAGAUAUUUAAAUUGUUUAUUACUCAAGAAAAGAGAAUAAUGAACUUGACUUGCUUAAAUGCUUGAUUAGCAUUUUUGCAUUGAUAGUGAAAAAUAUGAGGUUUAGACAUCUAACAUGUAUAGCCUCAUAAAUAAAUUCUGAAUAAAACCCUAAUGAAUAAUAAAAUCAUA